AUGUCCCUGAGCGCCGACUUCGAGCGCGGCUCAGUAGGCGCGGUGAGCGACCGCGAGGAGCACGACCUCCCGUACUCCCUGAGGUCGGUCGAGGAGCCCAAAUGCACGACUGUCCAGACACGGUCGCGAUCGCAGGUCCUGGUGACUCGCUCGCCCAGCCGGCUCCCGUACUUUGCCGUAUGCAGUGUGGGCCUGCUCAUGAUAGUCGUGGGCGUGGCCGUCACCACGUACAAGCUGCACGUUGGUGGGGCCAUCAUGGUCAUGUUCAACCGCUCCAUGGAGCUCCUGCGACACGGCGGCAACGGGACGGGCGACGGCGGCGGCGACGACAGGGGCAUCCUGGCCGGAGCAGACGGCCGGUACCACCUAGCCAAGCACGAGCGGAAAACCCUCACGCAGCCCAGCUGCAAGACUGACGUGUGCGUAUGGGCCGAGAACUAUCUGCGUGGCCGACUCAACUCGAGCGUCAACCCUUGCACGGACUUCUACGCACACGUCUGCUCUCGGCACUGGACGGCGCGGGACCUGGACGUCCAGUCAAGGACGUACAGGGAAAGGGCGGCUGGUAUGAUGAUGAUGGACAUCGAGAAGUUCUUCCGAGACUACCUGAAGGAGAACGAAGAGCGAUACCAUAAGUAUCCGGGUGUGUUUCUGCAUCAGGCAAUCUCGUUGUUGCCCAAGUGCGAGUCCCAGGACAAAAACGACGUGAACUUGACGUCGCUUCGAAGUCUCCUGGAGGAGUACAACCUGGGCAGCUGGCCCUACAAGAAGGCUCCGCGCGGUGCCAGUGUUGUUACCAUCUCGGCAUUCGUGGACCGUGACUUGGGCGUCUUCCCAUUCACCAGGGUGUUUCUGCGGAAGCCGUUCGAAGAUGACCGCGGAUACACGGUGCACAUCGACGCGCCAAGCUUGACGCUUAAGAGGUACAACCUGGCAUACCUCGACGAAUCACCUGAAAAUUUCACUCAGAAGGUGGCCCUCGCGUUGACACUUUUAGAAAAGAAGCAAGACUUGACUGACCAAGCGGAGGCCAUAGCCCUUCUCGAGAAGAAGCUUCACAGUGUUAUGGCCACACCCCACUUCGUCGAGUUCCAGGACCGCAUCAAGCGCGUGGGACAGCUUGACCGCAAAGGAAAGUGGGACUGGAAAGAGUAUCUCACGAUACUUUUCCAGGACAUUGAAACGUUCGACAACGACAAACCUGUGGCCCUCAUGAACCAGGAAUAUAUCAGCAAGUUGCCCGCCGUUCUCAACGAGACCGACACAGUCACUCUUCUAAACUAUCUGGGCUAUCGCAUCGUGGUGCACCUAUCCCCUCUGCUGGCCAAGGCUGCGAGCCCUCUGUUGCGGUUGAGUCACGAUGACUACCUGGAGUUUGUCCCUGACCGGCGUCAAGCCUGCAUGCACCUGCUGGAACGACUCUAUAAGCACGGCAUGCGCUUCUUCGGUCGCAUGACAUUCAGCAAGAACAACUCGACGCUCCUACUGAAGCACUACGACUACAGCAUGUCAAGUUUGGAGGUACAGCUCAAAAGCAGUAUGACAGACCGCCUCCUCUCGUCGUCGUCAUGGCUGGACCGCUCGGCGAUCGGCAUCGGUGUCGACAAGAUCGAGAACAUGCGCUUCAUGUUCCUGGCCAGCGCGGACGACAUCAACGUGGUUGCCAGCUACUACAACUUCAACGCUCAGCCCCUCGACCCGAGUCACUUGCUCGAGAGCUUUCGGGAACUGCAGGCGGGAACCAUGAACGUCUAUUGGGAGACCAAGCCACCCAAGGACGACCUCGACGCACGGUACGACCACACUGCCCUGUCACCCGGGCACGAGUACUUUUUCGGGCGCAACGUGCUCUUCAUUCCACACGCCAGUGUUGCCUUCCUGAACGACAUCACCAAGAGCAUCGAUCCGGUUGUCUUUCCCCUCAUCGUGGCCGAAGUAUUUCGAGGCAUGUUCGGCGCCGUGGACCGACGUGGCGCCUCCAUUGACCACAACCUCGCGGUGGCCACCUGGUGGAGCACGGACGAGAUGAGCAAGUACUCUCAUCUGGAACUCUGCUACCAGGACCAGUACUACGUCGAGAUACGUGACCUCAUUGGCGACAACUUCGAGGCCAGAAUGAGGCUGGAGGAGAACAUCGCGGACAACGCCAUCAUAGGGCCGCUGCACGACAUGUACAUAAAGGCUCUCACGGCCCAAGACGGCGCCGAAAGGCUCAAGAUCUCGGUGGACGAACGCCAGCUUGACAUGGAACAGCUGUUCUUCGUUCUCUACGCCGUGGGACUGUGCGACAAUCCUAGCCGGGACGCCUGGAUACGGAAACUCAACUUCGGCGACAUCCCCGGUAGGCUUCGAGUAAACAUACCUCUCAUGAACUUCGCCAAGUUCUCGGCUGCCUUCGGCUGUGCGUCAGGUACUCCCAUGAACCCAGCACGUAAGUGUGCAAUCUGGUGA